UCACCUCUGCCACUUAGCUUGGGAGGAUUUGAACUGAUGUCAGGAAAUUUUAAGAAGACGUGAUUUUCAACCUAAUGAUGAAAACUUUUGUCGUUGGAAUCAGUGGUGUAACAAAUGGUGGGAAGACAACACUGGCUAAGAAUUUGAAGAAAUACCUCCCAAACUGCAGUGUCAUAUCUCAGGAUGAUUUCUUUAAGCCAGAGUCUGAGAUAGAGACAGAUAAAAAUGGAUUUUUGCAGUAUGAUGUCCUUGAAGCACUUAACAUGGAAGAAAUGAUGUCAGCCAUUAACUGUUGGAUGGAAAGCCAGAGACAUGCUCUGCUGUCAACAAACUGGGAAAGUGCUGAAGAAAUUUCCAUCUUAAUCAUUGAAGGUUUCCUUCUCUUUAAUUAUAAACCCCUUGACACUAUUUGGAAUAGAAGCUAUUUCCUGACCAUUCCAUAUGAAGAAUGUAAAAGGAGGAGGAGUACAAGGGUCUACGAGCCUCCAGACCCCCCAGGGUACUUUGACGGCCAUGUGUGGCCCAUGUUUCUAAAGCACAGAAGAGAAAUUGAGGACAUCACGUGGGAAAUUGUCUAUCUGGAUGGAACAAAAUCUGAAGAGGACCUCUUUUCACAAGUGUAUGAAGAUCUAAUACAUGAACUAGCAAAGCAAAAGUGUAUGCAAGUAACAGCAUAA